AUGAUAAGCUUUUUGGGGUGCCCCUGUCCCUCUAUUGAUCAUGAAUAUUGGCUGGUGGGUGCGUGUGGGGCGAGGGAGGGAGAGGGUGGUGGUUGGGGGAGUUGGGACAGGCCUGCCUGCAUUGGGAGGGCGCCCCUGCUCUCCUUCCUCCCGUCUCUGCACCACCAUCUCUGUAUCACCCUCCCCCUCCUUUCCCUCCUUCCUCUCCUCUCCCUCCCCUUCCUCCCCACCUUUCACCUCUUCCGUCUCCCCCACACCCCCUUCCCUCCCUCAUCCCCCUUCUCCUUCUCUCCUCCGUCUCCUCCCUUGCUCUUCGCCCGUCCUUUAACCCUUCGCUACUCUGCCCUUCCCAUCCUUGCCUCUCUGCCCUCCUUUCCCCUCCUCCCUUUUCCUCCAUCCUUCUCUUCUCCUUCCCCUCCUCCCCUUUUCCUCAUCCUUCUCCUUCUCCUUCCCCUCCUCCCCUUUUCCUCCAUCCUUCUCCUUCUCCUUCCCCCCUCCUCCCUCUUUUCCCUCCAUCCUUCUCCUUCUCCUUCCCCUCCCCUUUUCCUCCAUCCUUCUCCUUCUCCUUCCCCUCCUUCUCCUUCUCCUCCUUGGCUCGCCUAA